AUCUGCCUUUUCUUUUUGAUUGUUCCAGAACGCUGCGAUGACUGGGGACUAGAUACCAUGAGGCAGAUCCAAGUGUUUGAAGAUGAGCCAGCUCGAAUCAAGUGCCCACUCUUUGAGCACUUCUUGAAAUUUAACUACAGCACAGCCCAUUCAGCUGGCCUUACUCUGAUCUGGUAUUGGACUAGGCAGGACCGGGACCUUGAGGAACCAAUUAACUUCCGCCUCCCGGAGAACCGCAUUAGUAAGGAGAAAGAUGUGCUCUGGUUCCGGCCCACCCUCCUCAAUGACACGGGCAACUAUACCUGCAUGCUAAGGAAUACCACAUAUUGCAGCAAAGUUGCAUUUCCUCUGGAAGUUGUCCAAAAAGCUAGCUGCUUCAAUUCUCCCAUGAAAAUCCCAGUGCAUAAACUGUAUAUAGAAUAUGGUGUUCAGAAGAUCACUUGUCCAAAUAUAGAUGGAUACUUUCCUUCCAGUGUCAAACCAGCCAUCACUUGGUAUAUGGGAUGUCAAAAAGUACAGGGUUUUCAUAAUGUGGUACCUGAAGGCAUGAACUUGAGUUUUCUCUUAGCCUUGUUUUCAAAUAAUGGAAAUUACACAUGCGUUGUUACAUAUCCAGAAAAUGGGCGUGCAUUCAAUCUCACCAGGACUCUGGCUGUAAAGGUGGUAGGCUCUCCAUACUCUGCAUUGCCCCCCCAGAUCCACUUACCCAAUGAUCUUGUGGUCUACGAGAAAGAACCAGGAGAGGAGCUGCUCAUUCCCUGUAAAGUCUUUUUCACUUACCUGAAGGACUCUCGCAAUGAGGUCUGGUGGACCAUUGAUGGGAAAAAGACAGAUGACACCACUAUUGACGUAACUGUUGAUGAAAGAGUGAGUGUGGCUGAACUGGAAGAUGAAACAAGAACUAUGACUCUGAGCAUCAAGAAAGUUAGUGCUGAAGAUCUCAAACGCAACUAUGUUUGUCAUGCUAGAAAUGGCAAAGGGGAGGUUGAGCAGCCAGCCAAGGUGAAACAGAAAGUGAUUGCUCCAAGAUACACGGUGGAACUGGCCUGUGGUUUUGGAGUCACAGUUCUGCUCGUGGUGAUUCUCAUCGUUGUUUACCAUGUUUACUGGCUGGAGAUGGUCCUAUUUUACCGAGCCCAUUUUGGAACAGAUGAAACCAUUUUAGAUGGGAAGGAAUAUGAUAUUUAUGUAUCCUAUGCAAGGAAUGCUGAAGAAGAAGAAUUUGUAUUGCUGACCCUCCGUGGAGUUUUAGAGAAUGAAUUUGGAUAUAAGCUGUGCAUCUUUGACAGAGACAGUCUGCCUGGGGGAAAUACGGUGGAAGCAGUCUUUGACUUCAUUCAGAGGAGCCGAAGGAUGAUUGUUGUCCUGAGCCCAGACUAUGUGACAGAAAAGAGCAUCAGCAUGCUGGAAUUUAAACUGGGUGUCAUGUGCCAGAACUCCAUUGCCACCAAGCUCAUUGUGGUUGAGUAUCGUCCCCUUGAGCAUCCACACCCAGGCAUCCUACAGCUGAAGGAGUCUGUGUCUUUUGUGAGCUGGAAAGGAGAAAAAUCCAAACAUUCUGGCUCUAAAUUCUGGAAGGCAUUGCGGUUAGCUCUUCCCCUGAGAAGUCUGAGUGCCAGCUCUGGCUGGAAUGAGAGCUGUUCUUCUCAGUCUGACAUCAGUCUGGACCAUGUUCAAAGGCGGAGAAGUCGUUUGAAAGAGCCCCCAGAACUCCAGAGCUCAGGGAGGGCUUCCGGUGCCUCUCCUGCCUCGGGCACAAUGUCUAAACACAGAGGAAAACCUUCUGCAGCCUGUCGCUGCUGUGUCACCUACUGUGAAGGAGAGAGUCAACUUCGGAGCAAGAGCCGGGCAGAGAUCCACACACAGCCACAAUGGGAGACACACCUCUGUAAGCCUGCUCCCCAAGAGUCAGAAACUCAAUGGAUACAAAAUGGUAUCAGAUUGGAAACCCCUGUUCCCCAGAUCUCAGCCCUUGCUCUUCACCAUUUCACGGAUUUGUCUAAUAACAAUGACUUUUAUAUCUUAUAAUUACUAUGUGGUGGGUGGUAGCUGUUGCCUCUACCAGCUCUUUUUGUAUCAUGAAACCAUGGGAAUAAUUGACAUUUUUAUCAAUUAAUGGACAAGCAGAUUGUCUUCCCCCUUUAUUGAUUUUAUAAACUAUUUAUUUCUAGGAGACAAAAGACCUGAAGAACCUGCAUCCAGAAUUAUUGCCUCUAAUGGCCUCAGAAGAGCACACUCUUCUUGGCCCCUAGAAGGUCAGUAUAUGCAAGUCACCUAAAGUCACCCCUGUCUUCCCCAAUGGUUCAAAAAUGAGCAAAGAAUUUAAAUGUUUUCUUUGAGCUUGUUGAUCAACCUCUCAUGUUAUGAGUUAGUCAGGUGUACGUGGGCCAUGACACUUACAAGGUAUAUAUAUCCAAAGGAACAUUAUGGAAAGGAGUUUAUUCUAGUGGAAGCUGUAGGACUAAGGGCAACAGAAAACCUACAACACAUUUUCCCUGGGAGAACCAAACAUACCCACACAGGGAUGCAUGGUGUUCUCUGUCUCACUGUAAACUAGUGUUCUCUAAACUGCCUAAAGUUGUUAGCAUCAAUAA